AUGAGAGAAUUUUUUGCUUACAGAAUUCAAGAUAGAGAUCAAUCGUUCUCACUACAUCUUAAUGCAAAAAAGUUAUUCCAACAAUUUUUGGUUGAUGGUUAUACAAUGAUUGAAAGCGAGCGAUUAUUUUUCAUACGUAAGCAAUACAAAAUUCUUAGAUGUGAGUCUUAUGAGAAUCUGCGUAAUCACCAAGCACGUGGUAGUACAGAUAUUUCGAACGUUGGUCAACGUGUGAUUUUACCUUCUUCAUUUACCGGUGGUGCACGUUAUAUGAUGCAAAACUAUUUGGAUGUCAUGUCGCUAUGUAAAUGGUUUGGAUGUCCAGAUUUUUUUAUAACCUUUACGUGUAAUCCAAAAUGGCCAGAAGUUCAAAGGUUUCUUAAGGACACUCCACUUCAUCCUGAAGAUAGACCGGAUAUAUUAUGUAGGUUAUUUAAGAUAAAGUUGGAUGUAUUUAUUAAAGAUUUAAGGGAAAAUGAAAUUUUUGGCAAGAUUCAAGCAGUGGUUUAUACAAUUGAAUUUCAAAAACGAGGUCUGCCUCAUAGUCAUAUAUGCUUGUUUAUGCAUUCUGAAUACAAGCUUCCUACAGUUGAAUAUAUCGAUCCCAUUAUUUCUGCUGAGAUUCCAAAUAUCGAAGAAGAUCCAAAAUUAUAUUCACUUGUAAGGGAUUUCAUGAUUCACGGUCCAUGUGGAGCUGAAAAUUUGAAUUGCCCAUGCAUGGUGGACAGAAAGUAUUCUAAAAACUUUCCAAAGCAACUCUGUAAUCAUACUUUAGUUGAUUCAGAUGGUUUUCCCUUAUAUAGGAGAAGAAAUGAUGGAAAUUUUGUUGAAAAAUCUGGUGUUCAGUUAGAUAACAGAAAUGUUGUUCCAUACAAAAAAUAUCUAUUGAAAAGAUAUCAGGAACACAUUAAUGUUGAAUGGUGCAAUCAGGAAUCUUCUAUAAAGUAUUUAUUUAAAUAUAUAAACAAGGGUCCUGAUAGAGCGACUGUUGCUAUGGAGCCAAACAAUAAUGAUUCUGAUAACAAUGAUGCAGUGGAUGAAAUCAAAGAAUACUAUGAUUGUAGAUAUAUAUCUGCAUGUGAAGCAUCAUGGCGGAUUUUCAAAUAUGAUGUUCAUUAUAGGUAUCCUGCUGUGAUUAGACUACCUUUUCAUCUUCCUGGUCAACAACAAGUUGUAUAUGAGGCAGACGAUGAUAUUGAAGAUGUUCUUGACCGGCCUUCAGUUGCUUCUUCAAUGUUCACAUCUUGGAUAAAGUGUAAUGAAAUCAUUAAAGAAGCACGGAAACUUACAUAUCUUGAAUUUCCUACAAAGUUUGUUUGGAAACCUAAACUUCAAAUUUGGAAGCCAAGGGAAGUUAGAUAUUCUAUUGGUAGAAUUCACUCGGUUUCACCUAAGCUUGGCGAAGAAUAUUUUUUAAGAAUUCUUUUAAAUAAAGUGAAAGGUCCAAAAUCCUUCGAAGAAAUUCGCACAGUCAAUGGUGAAAUAUGUUCUUCUUUUAAAGAUGCAUGCUAUAAUCUGGGCCUUUUGGAUGAUGACAAAGAAUACAUCGAAGCAAUUAAGGAAGCAAGUGUUUCUGGAUCUGGUUUUUAUCUAUGUUUCUUAUUUGCUACGAUGUUAUUGUCCAGUAGUUUGUGUAAACCAGAGAUUGUGUGGGAAAACACAUGGGAAUACUUGUCACAUGGAAUUCUUUAUACUCAACAAAAGAGAUUAAAGUCUCCAGAUCAAAUUAAAAACUUGACUUUGUUUGAGAUAGAACAAAUUUUACUCCGAAACAAUUCCAGUCUCAAGAACUAUAGAAGGAUGCCUUACCCAGAUGCUGAUUUGGUUUCAUCUUCAAACAAUCGUUUGAUAGCCAAGGAGCUAGAUUAUGACAUACCAAAUUUGAAGAAUGAGUUUGAUCACCUCUUUGUUUCAUUAACCGACGAGCAACGCAACAUUUUUAUUGAUAUAAUGGCUAAGGUUAAAAAUAAUAAGGGAGGUGUAUUCUUUAUUUAUGGUUAUGGUGCAACGGAUAAGACAUUUCCCUGGAAGACAAUUUCUGCAGCAAUUAGAUCCCAAUGA